GCAUCAUUACACACACACACAAAGGCAGAAGAGAAAGAUGGACCAGACGAGAGGACACAGGGAAGGAGAACAUGUAUGAAUCCCUUUUUCCGUCUCUCCAGGAAGAUCGUAUUUUUCCAUUUUUAUCUUAUUUCGACAUUUUGCUAAUCUCUAGCCCUUGAGUCAAUGACCAGUGAUCUGUGACAUCUCCAAAAAUAAUGUUUUAGUGGAUGCAAAAGAAGCAACUGGACCCCGGGAGGAAUUUUAACAACUUAUAAAAACUGAUAAAGGCCAGAAUUUAGAAGAUGACCCUUUCCAUCUCUGCAUUUAUGUAACACAUCAGAUCAAGUGUCUGCUGUAAUUUUCUCUCGAAUCCACUGUUACUGGGAGAAUAAUGUUGAAUAACAACUUGAGCUUACCAAAGAAUGUGACCACUAUUCACUCUGCAACCUUGGGCCUGGUAUUAGGGAGCAUAUCAUUUUUUACAGUUAUCAUGAACAUUUUAGUACUGUAUGCUGUGAAAACCGAGCGCAAACUUCACACUGUCGGAAACUUGUACAUUGUUAGCCUGUCUAUUGCUGACCUUAUUGUGGGUGUCGCAGUCAUGCCACUAAACAUUUUGUAUCUCCUAAACCAUGAAUGGAUCCUUGGAAGACCAACAUGUCUCUUUUGGUUAUCUAUGGACUAUGUUGCUAGCACAGCCUCUAUCUUCAGUCUUUUUAUUCUUUGUAUUGAUCGCUAUCGCUCCAUCCAGCAGCCCCUGCAGUAUUUGAAGUAUCGAACAAAGACCAGAGCUUCUGUCAUGAUCUCCGGAGCUUGGCUUUUGUCAUUGACUUGGAUAAUUCCUAUACUGGGUUGGCACGAAUUUUCAAAUGGUGGAAUUAGAUCAGUGCCGGAACACGUGUGUGAAACUGAGUUUCACAAAGUGACUUGGUUCAAAGUUCUUACGGCCAUAUUGAAUUUCUAUAUACCAUCUUUGCUAAUGUUGUGGUUCUAUGCUAAGAUAUACAAAGCUGUGAGAGAACAUUAUCAACAUCGGGGACUUAUUAAUGGUUCUUUCCAACUGUUUUAUGACAGUAAGUUGGUACGGAAUGUCAAAGUGCUAAAAAAGCCAAGGAGCUAUGUAAAAAAACAGUGCAGUAAUGGAACUCUUAUGGUACCAGAGACAAGCCUUCACAGUCAUUAUACUACACCUUCCGGUAUGUUUCCCAAACAAAAAAGCCAACAUGAACAAUUCCAUAUAGAGGACUUUGAGGGUCAGCAGACAUUUAGCCCGUGUGACAAUAAUGUUGUCAAAUUGCACUGUUUCCCUUUAACCAUAAUACAGGCAAGCCCAGAAGAAUGCAGAAACUAUGUUACCGUAAGCAGGAGAUUGAUUAAGGAACACUUCCGUGAAAACCUGGAGGUAACAGACAUAUCAGAAGAGCACACCUUUGUUGAGGCUGGUUCUUGUGUCUUGGAUUCAAAUCAGAUGGAAGAGAACCACACAGAAACCAUUGAGAGUACCGAAACCCAGCACUCUGGCAAUUUAGGCUACCUGAAGCACACAUGGCAAAGGUUCCGCACACAGUCCAAGCAGAACUUCCAUGGACUUCACAUGAACAGGGAAAGGAAAGCUGCCAAACAGUUGGGUUUCAUCAUGGCAGCAUUUAUGUUGUGUUGGAUCCCAUAUUUUGUUCUUUUCAUGGUCAUAGCAUUUUGCCAAGACUGCUUCAAUCACAAUAUUCACAUGUUUACUAUUUGGCUUGGCUAUGUCAACUCAACACUAAACCCUCUGAUCUACCCACUGUGCAAUGAGAAUUUCAAGAAGACAUUUAAGAAGAUAUUUCAUGUUAAUACAUGUAAAAAGGAGAAGUGCACAUCUUGUAAGUGUAAAUGAUCUUAGAACGUUCUUCAGAUGUCUUGGAAGUAUCAGUGUUAAACUUCAAAAUUUUCAAGAGAAACUUUCCUUGAGACAUCUGACAGUUUUCAUGGAUUUUUUUUGUGUCUCAGUUACUUAUGUUUAUUUAUGAACACUGUACAGCUCAAUAAUGUCUUGGAUUAAUAAGUUAACAGAGUAUUCUCAUCUUAGA